AUGGCGAGUGUUCGGUCCUGUCAGUGUCACACUAAUGGCUCUGUAUCUGAGGUUUGCAACAAGGAGACUGGACGGUGCGAGUGCAAACAAAAUGUGGCUGGACGACAGUGUGACGAGUGCAUUCCUAACUGCUGGUGGGACGCUGAGCUGCAGGACUGUAUCCCCUGUGGCUGCAGCCCCCCGGGCUCCAUGUCUCAGCGCUGCGACGCCGAGGGCCGCUGCAUCUGUCGGCCCGGCUUUGUGGGCCGGCACUGCAACCUGCGUCGCCAAGGUUACGAGAGGCGUGAGACCCGAAGGCCGGUGGAGCGUGUUCCCCUCUCAGCCGUGCAUCAGAGAUGGGGGGGCUCCUCCCGCACGGGGGGGUGUCCCAGGGGGGCGUACAGGCCGAGCCCAGGGACGCAGACUCACGGCAUCAGCACCGGAGGAGUGUGUGUCCCGUGUCACUGUAACUCGUUCGGGUCCAAGUCGUUCGACUGUGAUGAAGCCGGUCAGUGUCGCUGCCAGCCCGGCGUCUCCGGACCCAAAUGUGACCGCUGCUCUCGAGGAUUCUUCAACUUCCAGGAGGGCGGCUGCACACCUUGUCAGUGCACUCAUGUGGGGAAUAACUGCGACACUAACACGGGGCAGUGCAUCUGUCCUCCAAACACCAUCGGAGAGCGGUGCGACCACUGCGCCCCCAACCACUGGGGCCAUGACAUCACCACCGGAUGCAAGGUGCUGGAUAAAUACAACCCCCCCGACCACUUCCUGCCCGAGUCCUACACCUGCUUCUUCCUGCUGAAGCUGCCCCGGUACUCGUGCAAACAGGUGCUGGAGGAGAAGCUGAAGUACGCCAUCCACUUCUGCAAAUCCAUCGACACCGACGACUACGCCCGCAUCGCGCUGUCCGGAGAGCCGGCGGCCGACGACAGCAGCGAGGACUCGGACAACGAGGACGCCGACUCCUUCGCCUCGGACUCCACACAGGACUACCUGACGGGACACUGA